AUGUCCCUCAUACCCUAUGGUCCGGCCGAGUCGCGGGAAAUCGUCCUGCGCCACGGUUCUGCAGUCGUCGUAUACGACCAAAACUCGAGGCAGCUCUCCCUCCGUGACGCUUCGCACGCAACCAACAUCGACUCCACAUCAUGUCCCUUUUGUCACCGAGCCUACCGCCCACCCUCGCCACACGGCAGCGACGACAGCGACGAGCAUGAACACAAUGCGCCGGGCACGUCCACGGACAAUGGCUUUGUCAAUCCGGCAUACUUCCAGAUGCUCCGCCGCAGUCAGCCCACAUCUGCUGAGACGUCACGACCCCCGUCACCGCAUAAACAACUAGCUCCUGCGCCUUCGCGCAUGACUGGCUUUGGUGCACCUCCAAGGUCCGAGUUCAUAGCAAGCACGCCGGCUCAGCCACAGAGGAGCCAAGGUAUAUCAGCGCGGGCUUUUAGUCCGAAUUAUUUCAAGGAUUUCUUUAUAGAGGAGCGCGAGUUGGGCCGAGGGGGAAAAGGCGUCGUCCUGCUGGUGCAGCACCAGCUCGACGGGGUCAAGCUUGGCAAGUUUGCGUGCAAGCGCGUGCCAGUGGGCGACGACCACGAGUGGCUAGAGAAGGUAUUAGUCGAAGUCCAGCUCCUGCAAACCCUAUCGCACCAAAACCUGGUAUCAUACCGACAUGUGUGGCUCGAAGACUAUCAGAUUUCGAGCUUUGGACCGAGCGUGCCAUGCGCCUUCAUCCUGCAGCAGUACUGUAAUGGCGGAGACCUCCACAGCUACAUUCUCGAUUCGGCGAAAAAAUCAGUCACAAAGGAACAGAUGAAGGAAAGACUCCGGAGGAGAUCAAAAGGUCAGCUGGAAGAACCAGAGAACCUGCAUGGGCCGCGUAAGAUGCCUUUUGAAGAGAUUAUUUCUUUUUUCAAGGACAUCACAUCCGGCCUAAGCCACCUUCAUGCAAAUGGCUAUAUUCAUCGAGACCUGAAACCAAGUAACUGCCUACUCCACCAGACGGGGCGUAAAAUACGAGUCCUGGUCAGUGAUUUUGGCGAAGUACAGUCGAUGAACACGACGAGAAACUCGACUGGUGCUACUGGAACCAUUUCAUACUGUGCACCUGAAGUGCUCCGUCAGGAGCAACCAGGGGGCGCAUUCGGCAACUUUACCACCAAAUCCGACAUUUUUUCCCUUGGCAUGAUUGUUUAUUUCAUGUGCUUUGGAAGACUGCCGUAUCGGAACGCCGACGGCAUCGACGAGGACAGCGAAGAUCUUGAUGAGCUGAGGGCCGAAAUCUCGACGUGGACCGGCAUAGACGACGAGCAGCGCGUGCGCUCUGACUUGCCUGAGAAGCUGUACAGAUCACUCAAACGGCUUCUGGCCCUCGACCCCGACAAUCGUCCUGGCGCCGAAGAGAUUUUGCAAGUACUCAAGUCACCGCUGGUGUUCGACGAGUACGCUACAUAUGCCAACUCGCCCGCAGUUGACGAAUUCAGCCCUCGCAUAUCCCGUGCGGACACACCUAGUCCGGCUCCGACACAAGCGAAUAAAAAGCGUACCUCGGUCAACUAUGCCCGUCCUGGGCGAUCGAACCUCAGCGCCACGGUCAUGGACCGGUCACCCAGCCCACCAGAUACACCGGCGAUGCGGAGAGAAUCGUCUGGGGAUGGAGCCGUCAUUCUCAGAAGGAAAGUAGACCUUCGGCCUCCAUCAUCAUCAGCCGAAAGAACUCCGUCGCCGCAGCGGCUCAUGUUGCCCCCUCCACCACCAACUGACAUUGCGUCAAGAUUGUAUCGAGCAUCCGGGCACCCUGUGGCGCUUGGACUCACAAAAGUGGCUUUGUUUUGUGCAAAGGCGUUUAGUCUCCUUUCGCCCUGUCAGCCGUUUGCGGCCGAUGCUCGCGUUCUGUACCCGCUGCUCUGUCUAGCAUCGAUUGACUUCUUACACGUGAGCUGGGCUGGGCGGCUCAUGGGCAGAGACUUCAGUCUGGGUGGGCUAGGCGCGUCACUGGUGCUUUUGCUGGUGCACGUGAUUGUGCUGGGAACAACAUUGAGGUUAGACAAACUUUGUGAAAGGAGAGGGAUGGUCUGGGACGCCCUCUGAUGACAUGCGGCGCGAGUGCGGACUGGUGCAAGGCAUAAGCGGUGGGAUUGAUUCCAAUAUGAAUAUGCAUUACUAUAUCAUAGCGGCGAGAAAAAGCAAUCAACCAACUUCACUCUGCA